GGAAGAGGCUCUGGAAGAAUACAUUACAUUUAUCCCAUCGUUACACGUCAAAUUACCUCUCAGCCAGCAGCAAACUAAUUAUCGUUUUGUAAUAAUACUAAGGAUGGCUCAGUGGUAUGAGCUGCAACAGAUUGACAACAAGUUUCUUGAACAAGUCCACCAGCUGUAUGAUGACAGCUUCCCAAUGGAAAUCCGGCAGUACCUGGCUCAGUGGAUAGAAGCAAAAGACUGGGAUCAUGCUAGUAACAGUGCCUCGCUGGCCACAGUAUUGUUCCAUGAACUGCUUGCUCAGCUGGAUGAUCAGUAUAGUAGAUUUUCCUCUGAGUCCAACGUCUUACUGCAGCAUAAUAUCCGUAAAAGCAAACGUAACUUCCAGGAAAAUUUUCAGGAAGACCCUCUAAAAAUGGCAAUGAUAAUAAACAACUGCUUAAAAGAUGAACGUAAAAUACUGGCCACUGCCAAGUUACAUAAUACGAAUCAAGUGGGCACCACCCAAACUAACAUGAUGUUGGACAAGCAGAAGGAGCUGGAUAAAAGAGUGUCAGAUGUGAAGAACAAGGCACUUGGAAUAGAAAAAGACAUGAAAAGCUUGGAGGAUCUGCAGGACGAAUAUGACUUCAAAUACAAAACAGUGCUGAACAGAGAAAAUGAAUGUAAUGGCAUAGCACAGAAAGAACUUCAGCAAGAAAAGAUGAUUGUAACGACUAUGUACAUGAAGGUGGGGAUAAAAAGGAAGGAAAUUGUGCACCAAAUUGCAGAUUUCUUCAAAGCCGUAGAAUUUACUCAAGGUGUCCUUAUUAAUGAAGAGCUGGUUGAAUGGAAACACAGACAGCAGAUAGCUUGCAUUGGAGGUCCACCAAAUGCUUGCCUUGACCAACUACAGGCCUGGUUUACCUCUAUUGCCAAAGGUUUGCAGCAGGUUCUACAACAACUAAAGAAAUUGGAGGAAUUGGAACAGAAGUUGACUUAUGAAGGCGAUCCCAUCACAAACAGCAAACAAUUCUUUCAAGAACGCACUCAGAGUCUUUUUAAGCAGCUAAUACAAAGCUCCUUUGUAGUUGAAAGACAACCAUGCAUGCCAACCCAUCCUCAGAGACCCUUGGUUUUAAAGACUGGAGUCCAGUUUACUGUGAAGCUAAGACUUUUGGUUAGUCUACAGGAAUUUAAUUAUCAGCUAAAGGUCAAAGCUGUGUUUGAUAAAGAUGUCAAUGAAAAGAAUACAGUGAAAGGAUUCCGUAAAUUUAACAUUUUAGGAACAAAUACAAAAGUAAUGAACAUGGAAGAGUCUAUAAAUGGAUCCUUAGCCGCUGAAUUCAGACAUCUGCAACUAAAGGAGCAGAAGAAUGCUGGAAGCAGAACUAAUGAGGGUCCUCUAAUUGUCACAGAAGAGCUUCAUUCCCUAAGUUUCGAGACGCAGCUUUGCCAGCCAGGCUUAGUGGUGGAUUUGGAGACUGCAUCCCUUCCCAUUGUGGUUAUUUCCAAUGUAAGCCAGCUUCCGAGCGGAUGGGCCUCUAUUUUGUGGUACAACAUGUUGACAUCUGAGACAAAGAAUCUUUCUUUUUUCUUGAACCCGCCUGCUGCCAGAUGGGCACAGUUGGCUGAUGUGCUGAGUUGGCAGUUCUCUUCAGUAACCAAAAGAGGACUCAGUGCAGAUCAGCUGAGCAUGUUAGAAGAGAAGCUUUUAGGUCCAGGUCCAAAUAGUGUAGACGACCUUAUCCCAUGGACUAAAUUCUGCAAGGAAAAUAUGAAUGACAAGAAUUUUCCAUUUUGGCUUUGGAUUGAAGGCAUCUUAGAGCUGAUUAAAAAACAUCUUUUGUUUCUGUGGAAUGAUGGGUGCAUUUUGGGCUUCAUUAGCAAAGAAAAAGAGCGGGUCCUGCUAAAGGAGAAAGAAACCGGGACAUUUUUAUUGAGAUUUAGUGAAAGCAGCAAAGAAGGGGCCAUCACGUUCACUUGGGUGGAGGGACCUCAAUAUGAGCCUCAGUUUCAUUCAGUUGAACCAUAUACGAAGAGAGAGCUCACGGCGGUAUCGUUUCCUGACAUUAUCCGCAGUUAUAAAGUGAUGGCCGCUGAAAAUAUUCCCGAUAACCCACUACGGUUCUUGUACCCCGACACUCCAAAAGACAUGGCAUUUGGGAAAUACUACUCCAGACCAAAAGACGCACCAGAACCAAUGGACGUCGAGGGGCCAAAAUCAACAGGAUAUAUUAAAACGGAGCUAAUCUCUGUCUCUGAAGUACAUCCAUCCAGACUUCAGAGUGCAGACUCCCUUCUACCAAUGUCACCGGAUGAGUUUGCUGACCUGGCAGAAUUAGUAGGACCUGCUGAAUUUGAUACCGUGAUGGCUUCCUAUUAACGGCUAAAAAUCUGCAGCUGAACGAACAUAGCAUUUCUACAUCGGGUACAAGCUUAAAACUGCUCAUCGUGAUGCUCCAGAAACUGAUGAACCAUUGAAGACACAUAUUUAGGGGUUUAAAUGAUUAUCUUCAUAGUUUGUUGCAUGUCCCAAAGUGAUACAGACAUCUACUGGAGAAAAAUGUAACUUGGAACUGGUCUAGAACCACAUAGUGAAACACAUCACCUUUUUGUUAUAAAUUACUAAUUAGCACCACAUAGCGACCAAUAAUUGUUGCAGUGUUUAUAUGAAUGUACAUCUAACAUACAGUAAUAUACCGUAGAUAGCACUUUGUGUAAUGUUACUGAGACAGGCACCUUCUAUAAUGUUUUGUUCCAUACACUUUUAGUAUAUGUAUGGAAGUACACGUUUAUAUCUUUGUUUCAAAA